UAUCGGUAUCGUCAUUAUCGUUCCAAAUGAAACGCAAAAAAGUUCAAUAUUUACUUCCUUCAGCGAUUUCGGCAUUUAUAUUGACGUAAAGAUGGCUCUAUAGAUUGUGCGCAAGCAAAUCAACCUGCACCUAGGUGCCCCAACACACAACAAAAUGGAAACGUAUAAAAAGCAAACCGCCAUCAUGGCAUCCUCACAACAACAACAAGCACAGCAACAACAACAACCCAUUGCAUUAUUCAGUCCGGACUUUUCUCUCGCAUCCCAAAGUAUAUCACCUGUAACUUUUGAUUUUAACAACUUUGAAUAUGGACGCAACAUCAUUUCAACAAACCAUGGAGAGCUUGCAGCUGCCCAAGGAGCUUUACUGGGACCUCAAGCUGGAGCCGCAGUCCCCAACAUCGGCGGCGGCAUCCUCCGAUCUGUUCGCGCUCACUGAGCCAACAGAUGCCGAGUGGUUGUAUGACGAUAACUUUGCAAAUGGCAUUUCACUUAUUGGCAACGGCGAAGAUCUGACCCUGGACGAGGCAGCUUCACUUGAACUGCUCAGCGAUGAGGAGCUCGUUGUGGAGAUCUUUGAUCUGAAGGAUGAAGAAUGCCUCCUGGACCAAAAGGCUCCUCUAAACUGCAUCGAUUAUGAGACAAACAGCUAUCAGCCCAACAUCGAUGUGGUCAGCCAGCCGAUAAUUCCCGUAACCAAAGUACAAUUCCCUGAAUCCUCUACUGCUUCUCUGGUUGCUGCCAACGAUUAUCAGCUCGGAGAUUCUCCAUCUCUGAUCCUGCAGCAAUUGACACCACCGCAAUCACCGCCCCAAUUUGAUGUCUACAAACAGCCCGAGCCCGUGCUCGUCAAGGCCGAGCAAAAGGUGCAAUGCUAUACACCCGAUGCUGCCCCCGCAGCCACCUUCAACUUCAACAACUGGGUGGGCGGCAGCGAAAUUGCACGAGAGAUUCAGCUGGUCGAUGAUAUUGUCAACAUGCGAGCUAAGGAGCUUGAGUUCUUCAAUGACGACUGCGAAUCUCAGGCCUCUUCCUCGCUGGACAGCAGCAGCGGCGGCAGUGGAGUGAGCGGCAGCAUUGCCGAUGCGGACGAAGAGUCUCCAGAGCCGAUCAGCAGCAACAGCUCUUCACCAGCCCACACGUUCGUGGAGGCCGAGAAGGUGGCAGUGCAAAGCCCAAAGAAGCGUACUCGCACCUACGGGCGCGGCGUCGAGGAUCGCAAGAUUCGGAAAAAGGAGCAGAACAAAAAUGCAGCCACGCGUUACCGCCAGAAGAAGAAGCUCGAAAUGGAGAAUGUUCUGGGCGAGGAGCAGGUGCUGUCGCAGGAGAACGAAGAGCUGCGCCGCACUCUGCGGGAGCGUCGCAAUGAGAUGCGCUAUUUGCGCCAGCUGAUACGCGAGUUCUACCAGGAGCGCAAACGCUAGGCUUUCCCAUGUCUUACCUUUAAGUUUUAAUGUCUCUUUUGCAAAGUUAUAGUUAUCGUUAAGCCCCAAGCUUGCCCCCAGUCCCACAACAACACCACAACUUUCUGUAAUACACAAAUUAACAUUCACCAAAAGUUCACCAACAAUCAGAAAUAAUAACAAUGUAUGCAGCCAGUCUUGGUCCCCAUUUUUUGGCACUAAUGACGAGUCCUCGUACUCCGAAUUUCUCCUUGCCGGUGGGUGCCAAUGACUAACUGACAUCCAGAGCAGCAUAGGCCAAUGUGUCGCUUUACUGAGACACCAUAAUUUGUAUAAUCAAAAACCCCAAAUGAAAACCUUUUUAAGUUGCAUAAAUUGUUUAUAAACGAAUUACCCUCUGCUGCGGCUGCUGUACAUUAUUAUGCAUGCUUUUAUUUUUGGACAUUGGUUAGAAUCUUGACAAAAUAGAUUUACUUUAAUGUUUCUUUCUUAAUAAAACGUAUACAGAAUAUUAUUCAACAUAUGUAUCAGCAAUAAA